AUGUUCACGUAUCCUGUCAUCUGCAAACUCAAAGCUCAGGGCACAAAAAACCUCUUAUGCCACGCACAGAAACCUACGUAUUUCGGGUGUGCGGGGGGUGGGGGUAGACCUGCAAUAGGAGGGAAUGUGUCAUACGUGCGGAGGCUGCGGGGAGAAGAGCUGUCAGGAGAAAGCAGGGGAGGAGGCGGCGGGGAAGGGACGGUUCCGAGCAUAGGAUCACCCCCAAACCCCGCGGCGCUCACGGGCCACCAACCCCGGCUCACCCCUCGGGCCCGCCUGCCCUCGGCUCCCCCCGCAGAAGGGGCUCAGUCCUCCCCGGCCCCCGCCGAGCCGCUCCCAGCCGCCAACGGCCAGCGGAAAUCCCCCACAGCCCUCCCCGGCCCGGCCCGGCCCUGCCCGGGGGCGCAGAGCGGCCCUGCCGGCCCCCGCGGGCUCCCCGAGCAGCCCCUCUGGCAGGGCGCUCCCCCCACGGGCCCCCCCCCAUCACCUUCCCCCCUCCUCCGGGGCCGCGCUUUCACCUUAUCGCCCCCGCGACGUCCCACGCACACGCAGGCCGAGGGCCCCCUGCGGUCCCCGCGGGCCGGGCCCCAACCCCAACCCCGCACCCCCGGGCCGGCAGACAAUGAGCAGCCACAACUCACCAGCAGCGCCGGAGCUCCGUGGGUUCGGGGCGGUUCCUCUCCCCCUUCUCCUUCCCCUCCUCCUCCGCCCAGGAGCGGUAUCCGGCCGCUGGGAGCCGAGCCCCCCCUUUCCCUCGCUGCCCCGAGAGCCGCCGCCUCCGCCGGGCCGCCGGCCGCGCUCCCUCCCCGAGGAAAGUCACUUUAUUCCCCGCUCCAACAUGGCUGCUCCCCCCGCCGCCGCCGCAGCCUUCGCCUUGCCGCGGCUCCCCGCCGCCGCCGGAGAGCGGCCGCAGGCCGAGCUCGGGAGCCGCCCGCCCGGCCGCUGGCGGUGCGGAGAGCGGCGCGGGUGGGCUCGCGUCAGGCGGGCCGGGCUGCGCGGGGAAAAGGGGAGCCGAGCCGGGCUGCGCGUCUCCGCCGCGGGCUGAAGCCUCCGCCCGCUCGCAGCGCGGAGGCUCGCACUGAGACGGCCCCGCCGGCAGCCCCAGCGCAGGAGGGGCCGCGGGGGAGGCCCGGGCGCCGGCGACACCUAGCGGCGCCUUAG